GGUUUUCAAAUUGCAAAGAAAAAUAUACGUUGCCAACCAGGCCUUGAAGUAUUUCCUAUCAAACAACUGGAAAUUUGAUAAUACAAAAGUCUUAACUGAAAUCAGUAAUAUUGUCAGUAAUAAUCACAAAGACUUUUUGAUGAACUACAAAAAAUGUGACAACCGCGAGUUCGUUAAGAAUGCAAUAAUCGGUGCUAAAAUUUACUUACUGAACGAAAACAUGGAUGAUCUAGAAGCAGCCAAACGUCAUUGUAAAAGAUUGGAUUGGCUUGAUACUAUAUUGAAAACACUAUUCGUUAUGAUCAUGUUAUGGAUACUGUAUCGCAAUAAUGUAUUUUCCUGUAUUACUGAUAUUUAUUGAUUAAUAUUCUAUUUUAAAUAUUUCAUAUAAUAUCCAAUAAAGAAUAUGUUCAAAUUAUUCAAUAAAA